UUCAAGCACCGUCGUCGCCGCCCGCCCAGACUGCAAGCUCCGCCCCACACAGACGCGGGAAAAACAGCUUUUUCUCCCCUACGUCCGUUCCACAGCCGAUGAUCACGACACACCGACACAGUUGCCGCGCGAACGUUGACGGAACGCCACGCGCGACGACAUUCCCGCGCGAACCAAAUGUUUACGCGAACGAAGUUACACUAUUGCCAGAAAAACUUUUGAGAACUAUCCAAAAAAUUUAUGUGUAUUCCCCGUGGACUCAGUGGACUUUAAACAUCGUUAUGGGCAGCAAAUCCCCCACAGAUUCUACGUCGCCUAAGGCACAAGUUAAAAAGGAAAAUGAAGAAGAAAUCAAGAACGUUGUUUCCCAGGAGUUUGCGGAGACAGCUAUGAACGAGCUGCUGGGAUGGUACGGCUACGAGCGUCUAGAGUUGAGACGGUGGGCCGCCUCCCGUGCCUGUGACGGCAGCCCCGAGCCUAAUGCUGAGAAUAAGACGAAAGAUGAAUGUUCCUGGUGCAACAAGAGGACGCGAGAAGGGGGCGCCAUCGCGCACGCGGGGUCCACCUUCUGCUCUGAGUUGUGCUUCAGUCAGUCCCGCAGGGCCAACUUCAAGCGAGCGAAGACUUGCGACUGGUGCCGGCAUGUCAGACACACUGUGGCUUAUGUGGACUUUCAGGAUGGCGCCACACAGCUACAGUUCUGCUCGGACAAAUGCCUGAACCAGUACAAGAUGCACAUAUUCUGCCGAGAGACGCAGGCGCACCUCGAUCUCAACCCACACUUGGUGAACGCCGCGUCGACAUCCAAUCUUAUCACCCCAGACCUAUGGCUCAAGAACUGCAAAAGCCGAUCUGCAUCCCCCACUUCGGACAAAUCAGCGUCAUCCAACCCAGAAAAUCCGAAAUCAACCGAAAAAUCUGAACCCCCAAAGACUCAGAGAAAAUCCCCGUUACCACUGAUAACCAUAGCGCCAACAGCGAAGCUGAUGAAACCGAAACCGACGGAAGAAAAACCUCAGAAAGAGAAGAAGGAGACCAGGAAUAAGAUGAACUUGCGGAAACGUAGGACUUCUAAAUGUUCAGCUACAGUGACGUCACAAACUAUGAGGCAAAACGCUUCGACCCCCAAAGCGCACGACUUGCGACUAUGCAGCCCGUCAGACGGGUCUUCGCCUGCGUCUACAGCUGGAAACAGCACCAUACAUUCGCCUCCUCACUCAAACCCUAUACCACCUCCAUUCUCAAAUCCAAUAUUCGGAAUGCCGCCUCCAACGUUCAUGGAAAAUGGCCCAGAAAGACACUCAAUGCCAAAUAUGUUCCCCCCGAGACACUUCAUGCCACGACCAGGAAUGGUCCCUGAGAGACCCCGUCUCCCACCGCCGAUGAGCUUCCCCCAUGCGAUGGGGCAGACCCCUCCUGUCACAGUGCUAGUCCCAUACCCAGUCGUGAUACCCAUACCUUUCCCUAUACCAAUCCCGAUGCCUAUCACAUCCUUCAUUCAAGCACACUGCCUAAACAAAGUAAAGAAUGAAGUGAAAACGGAUGACUCUGAAGGACCGUUAGACUUUACAAUGAACGCUGACAAAAAUAAAGCAGAAAAUACAAAUAUCGCAGUCACACCUGAAGCCACUGAAGAAAGCAGCUACCCUGAACAAAACGAUGUAAAUGAGAGAUUGGAAGACGAUAGAUGUGAAGGCGAAGGCACAGAGACAGGAAACCCAGAGCAGACAUUGCCGAAGUUUAAAAUAACGAGGUUAGGUAACAAAAUGGCUAAAAUAGUCCCAAAGCCUCGAGAGCCCUCAGAAUCUACCAGACCACUGCGCAAACGGCGAAGACUGGUGGAGGUAACCUCAGAAGACGACCCGCUCAUUCCGAAAACACGAAAAAUCGUAGAAGUGUAAAUUUUUAUCUCUCGUUUUAUGGUAAUCCUUCAUACAUAUCACAAGUAUGAUAAUCCGAACUGAGUUCAGUUACUUUAAACUUGCUAGUCCUAGCAGUAAGAUUUAUUAUCUAAAUGUUUCCGAUAAGUAUAUUAGCGCGCACUGUAAGUAUAUAUGUGAUAUUAGUAACUUAUAAACUUCGAUGUCGAAUAAAAUGUUGACGUGUA